AUGGCAGACAGACGGCUCCUCCGGACCGACGACCAUGCAGAAGACACAGCAAGCGAGGACGGCGGCAGCAUGGCCGGCGAUGGACCAGACGAGAGAGAGAGGCAGACAUGGACGAGCAAGGACAUCGUCCGUAUAGUUGCCUUCGUCUCCAGCGUCCUCAGCGCCCUCUCAGCAGGAGGAAUAGCGGCCUUCUCGCUCUACGGGCCUCUCCUCCUUACUCGCCUGCACUACACCCAGUUCAGGGUCAAUGUCAUCGCUGUGACAGCCGAGAUGCUCAUGUACCUGACAGCGCCCUUGUUCGGGUACCUCUGCGACAGAGUCAGGCCCUCGCUCGUCUCCUCCAUCUCCGCCAUCCUCUUCGGGUCCGGAUACUUGCUCGCGGCCUUUGCCUACAGGUCAGGGCCGCCGCCUGACUCGGCUGGCCUCGCGGAUGGCUCCCUCAGCCUACAGCAGCAGCAGCAUAAUCAUCACCACGCCGGCUGGCCCUUCGGCGUCAUGGUCAUGGCCUAUGCUGUCAUCGGCUCGGCCACAGGAUGCAUGUAUUUCUCCGCCGUAACGACAAGUGCAAAGAACUACGCUACCAGCAAGCACAAGGGAAUCAUGCUUGCCGUGCCCAUAGCCGCGUUUGGCCUCAGUGGCAUCUGGUACAGCGUGCUGGUCAAGUUCUUCGUCUACCGGGGUGCUGACACCACCGCGUACAAGGACGGCUCUGGUGUAGACCUCGUCCACGGAGAUGUUGACGUCUUCAGGUUCUUCAUCUUCCUUGCCAUCAUGACCUUCACCGUCGGUGUCAUCGGUGCAUUCGCCCUGAACGUCGUCGACGAGGACAAGCUGAUCGAGGCCGGAGCUGAAGAGCUCGAGAGAAGUGGUCUAUUGACCGAGACCGACGGCCAGUAUGGGACCUUCCGGGCCGGCCACGGUGAUGAUGACGACAAUGGGGUUGCUGUCAUUGCCCCCGGUGACCAGGAGAAGAAGACCUGGCUGCUCAACCAGGAGACCAAGCUCUUCCUCAACGAUAACACCAUGUGGCUGCUUUCCCUCGGAUUUAUCCUCAUAUCCGGACCUGGAGAAGCAUACAUGAAUAAUGCAAGUCACCAUCACAUCUUAUACUUUUGGCUUUGGUCCAAUACUAACAAGCAACAUAGGUCGGCACCCUUACAAGUACCUUGA